CACCCACUCCGACGACUCCGGCUGCCGUGUCUGGAGGGGAACGUGGUGGCAGGAGCACACGGGGCAGCUGGGGGCGCCGCGCAUCGAGCGGCGGGGACCGCGCAGCCAUGCGGGCGGCGGCGGGGGGCGCGCGGGCCGCGGCGAUGGCGCUGCUGCUGGGGGCGCUGCGCUGGGCGCCGGCGCGCGGGCAGGAGUACGACUACUACGGCUGGCAGACGGAGCCGCUGCACGGGCGCUCGUACUCCAAGCCCCCGAAGUGCCUCGACAUCCCCGCGGACCUGCCGCUCUGCCACACCGUGGGCUACAAGCGCAUGCGGCUGCCCAACCUGCUGGAGCACGAGAGCCUGGCCGAGGUGAAGCAGCAGGCGAGCAGCUGGCUGCCGCUGCUGGCCAAGCGCUGCCACUCGGACACGCAGGUCUUCCUCUGCUCGCUCUUCGCGCCCGUCUGCCUGGACCAGCCCAUCUACCCGUGCCGCUCGCUGUGCGAGGCCGUGCGCGCCGGCUGCGCGCCGCUCAUGGAGGCCUACGGCUUCCCCUGGCCCGAGAUGCUGCACUGCCACAAGUUCCCCCUGGACAACGACCUCUGCAUCGCUGUGCAGUUCGGGCACCUGCCCGCCACCGCGCCUCCAGUGACCAAGAUCUGCGCCCAGUGUGAGAUGGAGCACAACGCGGACGGCCUCAUGGAGCAGAUGUGCUCCAGUGACUUCGUGGUCAAAAUGCGCAUCAAGGAGAUCAAGAUAGAGAACGGGGACCGGAAGCUGAUCGGAGCGCAGAAAAAGAAGAAGCUGCUCAAGCCGGGCCCCCUGAAGCGCAAGGACACCAAGCGGCUGGUCCUGCACAUGAAGAAUGGUGCGGGCUGCCCCUGCCCACAACUGGACAGCCUGGCCGGCAGCUUCCUGGUCAUGGGCCGCAAGGUGGACGGACAGCUGCUGCUCAUGGCCGUCUACCGCUGGGACAAGAAGAAUAAGGAGAUGAAGUUCGCUGUCAAAUUCAUGUUCUCCUACCCCUGCUCCCUCUACUACCCCUUCUUCUACGGGGCUGCUGAGCCCCACUGAAGGGGCCCUCGCAGCGGUGCCUUGCCCCGUCCCUGCCCUGGGGCACACUGUCACCUCCUGCCCCGAGUGCCAGCACAGGCCCUGAGGGAUGGGCAUGGAGCCCAAGCUGUCCUUGACUGAGGGCUUUUGGGGUAUCUGGGAGCUUCCUCUCUUAAACAUAAGUCUUUUUCUUUUGAGGGGAAACCCCCCGGGGUCUCAAAAAGUAGGCAGGGAGGAGAGACGGAGGGAAGGGUAGAGGGGCUAUGCGCAGCCGAGGCGGUUUCUGUAGGGGACCAUGGUGCAGCUCCCCUCUGCUUUGGAGAGGGGAGUCUGGAUAUGAGGCUGAACUACUUGGAGGAAGUUCUCCACCCUCACUGCCCCUCCAUGUGUCCUCUCGUAGCCCCCAAAGGCACUAGGGUCACAGUGCCCUCCAGCCACACCUCCCUACUGUCCUCAUCUCUGCCAAGUCCCUUCCCCCUAGACUGGAGAGAAGCCCUGCCUAGAUCCCCUCCCAUAAGCUCGCUUCUUGGGGUUCAUUCCUCAGCCCCUGCAUGUCCCCUUUAUCUUGACGAGUAACUUAUUGCUACUGCUGUGAGGCCACAGGUAGACUGAUGCAGGUAGGGUUUGGUGUUUAAUGGUUGUUGUUUUUUUAUUUUUAAUUAAAUCAAAGAAAACAACA